ACCCUUAAGAAACGUCAAAUCAUUUAAUUAGAAUGCUUACAAAAAUAAGAAAAAUUUGAUUUGCAAAGAGAGGAAGAACUUUCUAGAAGCCACGUCGCUUUCCACUCGAGUUCAUCUCACUUCUCCUGUUAUAAAUUUCAUAAAGCCGUUGAUAUAGGAAUCAAAGAUCCGAUCCUUGUUCGUGAUUUUAGCACUCGGGUCUUCGUAUUCUCGUUGAAUUAACGUUGGAUUCGUGUAAAGCCGUGAUCUUUUUUGUUUGGUCGGUUUGGUGGUUGGGGGUUUUUUUCUGAGAUUAAGAGGACCAGAGAGGGGUAAAUCGGGAAAAUACAUGGCGGCGGUGGGGCAGCGGUCGGUCCCGGCUCCAUUCCUGACGAAGACGUACCAACUGGUGGAUGAUCCGACCACCGACGAUGUUGUCUCUUGGAACCAAGACGGUACGGCUUUCGUCGUCUGGAAGAUUGCAGACUUCGCUCGCGAUCUGCUUCCAUGUUUUUUCAAGCACAACAACUUCGCCAGCUUCGUUCGCCAACUCAACACUUACGGAUUUCGGAAGGUUGUUCCGGACAAAUGGGAGUUCGCCAACAAGAAUUUCCGGCGAGGGCAGAAGGAGCUUCUCUCUGAGAUCUGGCGCCGCAAGCCGGCGUCUCCGGUCAUUUCCGCGGCCGUAAAAUCUGCCGGAACCGCCCCGGAGCAAUCUUCGCAGUCGAACUCCGGCGACGAACUGGGUUCAACGUCGACUUCGUUCCCUGAUAUGAAGAACCCCGAAUCUGUAUCGACAAAAAUGGCUGAUCUUUACGGCGAAAACGAGAAGCUCCGUCAAAGCAACGAGAUUCUGAGCUCGGAGCUCGCAUUGGCGAAGAAGCAGUGCGAUGAGUUAGCCGCUUUCUUGUCGGAGUAUAUGGAAGUGGGGUUGGACCAGAUUGAUCAGAUCUUACGGCGGAGAAUCGCCGGCGACCGUGGCGUUGGGAAUGAUGACGACCAAAAGUUAAGCGACAACGACGAGGGUUUAGGUGGAGAGUUGAAAAUAUUCGGGGUGCGUUUGAAAGAGGGGUCGUGACGAAAAUAUUCUGGGUCCCACACACGCGUUGAGAACAAAGGAAUUUCAAGCGCCGUUGUUGGACAGUAGCCGAGUUUGUAACUGAGAUGACUUCUCAUCAGUCGACACGUAAGAGCGGUCCAUGGUAAGGAAGAUGCGCGCACAUACACGAGAAUUUUCCUCGGCUUGCAGUGUUUUUCUUUUACAGAAAACAAAGGAUUAUAUUUCUUAAAUGUAAUCAAUGUAGGUUGGGGUCAAGAAAAUGGUCAAUAUAUGACAACCAAACAUUUGAGAAAGUCAAAAAGGCAAAUUACAAAGCUACCAAUGGAUCUCAUCUCUCUCCCGCAGUUCCAUCUUUUUCUUUCCAAGACCAAAGUCUUUCAAGUGAUUAAAAACAUGUCCAUUGUCCACGGUCAAGGGAAGAAGAAGCAAUGGUCGUAGCAUUGGAACAUAGACCAAGAUGACAAAUCAUCACAAAUCUCAUCAAUACAACCAAUCCAGAAGGAAAAAAACCCAAAAUAAAGAUGAGUGAUCUUCUUGAUCACCAAGACAAUCUAACAAAAUAUAAAAUCCCAUAACCUACGAGCAAAAAAUUCGAAUAAGGGAAAGCUAAUAACUUAUGGCUACAACACCCUGGGCCAAAAAAUUAUAUUAAAAGUCCUGAAUCCACAUCUCCCGCAGCAAAGUCCCUGUUUAUUGGAGUGGAUACUGUAAAAAAAAAGAUAAUCAUAACA